AUGCUAGUCUGCAGAGACUGGGCAGAGAUUGCUUCGAACAUCUGGUGGGAGACACGACGAUACAUCGGACCCCAGGCUGAAGAUCCGCUUGCAUCUCUCGCGAGACUACCUCUCAAGCGCCAACAGUGGUAUGCGAACAAGAUCCACCAUCUAAAUUUGAACGAAACCAAUGCCUCCGAUUUUAUUGCUGCACUCGAACUUAACUUUCCAUCUCUAAGGACUCUGAAAGUUACACAGUGGUCACACCACAAGAUUGGUUUUGUUUGUCUGGCCUCUCAGUUCAUUGGAAGGGGUCUGCUUGAGCUGAAGCUCCUACGUACAUAUUUGACGGACGAUAUCCUAACAGCACUGCUCAACGCCCCUAACCUUCGCACUCUUGAACUGUGGUGUCAAAGUCCGGAUGCGACAUCGAGCCAACUUUUGAAUGUUACGAAAGCAUGCUCUCAGCUUCGAGUUCUGGAGCUCACCUGGACUAUCGAGGCUCUCAUCAACAAGGAUGUUCUUGCUGCGAUCGCGUCUCUGGUGUACCUGAAAGAACUUCGUCUACCUCGUUAUGAAAUUACAUCCGCGGUCAGCAACUAUGUGCUAGCCACGAAUACAUUCCCACUCCGUAGUAUUACUCGAUUGGAUCUGGGAGGGUUACAUUCGACUGCGAUCGAUCUGCUUAGCGGAAUUCCCACGCUAAGAUCUUUGUCGCUUGGUGUCAUUGAUACCACGCCCAUCUUGCAAACCCUGGCUACCCUAUGCAACCUUGAAGAUCUUGAUUUACGCUUCCGUGACGCAGUGGCUAUCGGAUAUUCACAAUGGAAGUUCUUGAUGGGGUUAAGAGAUCUACGCAGCAUCAAGAUCUCCUCAUGGAACGGGUUCGGUUUUUCGCAGGUUGACCUAUCGUCGAUCACAACGGGCGAAUUCAUAUCAUUCUUUCGAGCAAUGCCGCAACUGAGCAGAUUCUGGGUCAACGCUACGAUAUCUAACACUGCUCAGUUGUAUAUCAAAGCUGGGGAGAUCUGUAAAGGCCUCAAAUCGCUUGGUCUUCGCGGGCAAUACGAUAGUACGAUGAUUCUCGAGUCUCACACAGGUGAUGGUCUCUUAUACCCAAUGCUGGAAUCACUUUGGGUACAUCAAUUUAUCGAGCCUCAAGGCGAACACACAUGGGACGAACGAGUUGACAGUGCAGCACUUCUCUUGCACAAAGCCGCACCCAAGCUUUGGGUUCUGCUCGGAGGUACGCAGACAGAUAGGCAAUUCGACGACGAUGCUUCCGGUCAUUUUGUGAUAGAGAGAGAUCACUUUACAGCUUGUGUCAAAGCGCGUCAUGGGUCGGUACGAGAGCAAGAAAGGACAAAGUACUUGGAUGAGAAGUACGGCAAGAACAGACGUAGUGGAAUGCCGAUUGGUACAUAUGUCUAG